CAGGGUAGCCAGGGCGUCCGAGGGGCGGGCUCCGCCUCCUUCGCUAGACCUCGACCCGGGUGGGGCCGCCUAUCUACCCAGCAGCCCGGCGGGGGAACGCCUCCAGGCUCACAGGUGCGGCUCCACAGUCCAGCCUGACUCACAGGCGCACGCUCUUUCGGGUCCGAAGGCGCGCGGAAAAGUGACGCAGGGUGGGGGGGCGGCACCAGGUCCCCAGAGAGGUUGGCGGAGAGGGCAUAUGCAAAUCAGGACUGGGCGUGGCCGCAGGCACAAGAGGGGGGCGAGGUUGGACUCUAAAGAUCGGAAGGCCACGGGGCGAGGCCAAGGUGCAGCGGCUGAAUCCGCUCUGGAGCCCGGCCUGUGCCCGCCUUACUGCCCUCCGCACCUAUGGAGGCGGCCGGGGAGUGCGAGGCCUUCCCCGCGCCCGACGCUGUCACGGCCGCAGAGUCGGCGCUGUCUCCCGGGGGCCCCCCAGCCUGCCGCUUCUUCUUGGAGGGCCGCUGCCACUUCGGCGCCCGUUGCCGCCAUCCCCACCCCGGCGCGCCGGCGCCGCCGGUCCGCGAGCCCCAGCCCGAGGUGGGGGCCAAGAAGCCGCCGCUGCGCACGGCCGCGGCCGUCAUCCAGCGCAUUCGCUGGGACCCGCGCCUGGACCCCGCCGACUUCUCGGUGGGUUACGCUGAUCGCUUCCUGGGCGUGCGCGAGGAGCCGUUUAGCGCCUUCUGCUGGGACGAGCCGCUGGCGGCACUGGGCCCGGGCGUGCUGGCUGUGCCGCAGCACCGCGUGCGCUACUUCCGCUACCGCGGCCGCCUGGUAUGGGAUCGCGCCUCGCGCACCGACCUGGUUUUUGGCUCGGGCUUUGCGGCAGGCCGCGGGCCUACUAUCCUAGACGACCCGGCAGACACUGAAACAGAGCUGCGCGGGGAGGAAGCCGAGGACGGCGGCCCUAAGGCGGAACUACAGGGGUUGGACAAGCCCGAGGACCCGCACCCUAAAGUGGAGCUGCCUGGGGAGGAUGAGCCCAAGAAUCAGCACCCCAGAGUGGAGCUGCCGGGGGAGGAAAAGCCCGAGGACCCAGGCCCUGGGGCAGUGAUGCAGGGGAAGGACGCCAGGACACAGCCUCUAAAGGGGCACCUCGCUGCAGCUUCGAGGCAAGCAGAGGCGUUAAAGACCAGCGGAGCCCUCUGGGGGUCGAGUCUGUCCCCUGGGGGGGUGGAAACUGAGUGGGGUCCAGGGCCAUGGGCUCAGGACAUAAGGGCCCCACGCCAACCGCGCCCCACACACUUCGUGGCCCUCAAAGUGACUGGGCCCAGCCUCCAGGCGGAAGUGGCAGCAGCCCAGGCGCGCCUAGUGCUUCAAGCCCCCGCCUGCGCUGCGUUCCUGGUGCCCCCUGCAGCCCUGCACCUGACUCUGGCCCUUCUGAGACUGGCCGGCCCUGGGGAGGAGGCAGCCGCGAUCGUGGCCCUGAGACGGGUUCUCCAGGCCCCCGGACUCCGAGCCCCCCUACGACUCUGCUUCCAAGACCUCAUACUCCUGGGUCCCCAUGUGCUCUGCGCACCCCCGACCCCCACGCUGGCAGGCGAAGCCCAGGAGCUAAGCCGAAGGCUGGAGAUGGAGGGGCUAACGGUGCUGCAAGCCCCUGACCCCCACCUCACCCUGGCCAAGGCGCCCCAUGGCUCUCAGGCCCGCCUCCCUGUGCCUGAGUUCGGCCUGAACCAGGAGCUUGGGACCCAGUCUGUGGGAGGGCUCUGGCUAUGCCGCAUAGGAAGGGCAGGGGAUGCCUACCAGCCCCUGGCAGAAGCGCCCUGGGGCCACAGUGCAAACAGCACAGACAAGGCAUGCAGGUGACAGGAUUGAAGGCAGAUGGACACGAGGAGCUCACUCGCUCUCUCUUUAAUUUUGGCUUCUCAAGCUUCCACAGGGCGUCAGCGCUCCAAGGAGAGAAUGGAGGAGGAGGGGAGAGGAGGGAAGGAGGGAGGGAGGCAGAGGGGACGUCUGGAAGAAAAGCAGCCUGACAGUCCAGCUGUUUGCGAACUUGUACACAGCCUCCAAUUACAUGGCAGAAGAGGGAGGGAGGGCCGAAAAGAAAGGGGAGGAAGAAAAAAUAACUGAAAUAAACACACACACAAAGAAAAGAGAAGGAAACAUGACGUGAGCUGGUGAUCCAUGAGGUGGGAGGGGAGGGCAACCGUUUUUACCUGUGCGAACCAGGGAGGAUGGGAGCAGGGGAGG